UGGAACAAAAUAGACAAUGAGCGGACACCCACUACCACCACACACAUGUGGACGCCCAACGUGGGACUCGAACCCACGACCAUGGGACUGAGUCUCGUGCUCUACUGACUGAGCUAGCCAAGCCCAACCGUCGACUCUGAGAAUAAAAGUCUCAUAGCAUACAUUUGUUGAAUAAAGGUGUAUUUGAACUCCAAAGCAAGUGAUUUGUUCAGAAACGUUAUUGGACCUCACUAACAGACCCUAGUGUAAUUAGUAUCUCUGAAUGCUAUAUAAUUACACAGACACCAACAUAAUUAUAAAUGAUCCUGCGUUACGCCGUGCUAACGGGAAUCCUACAUCUGUGGACGGUGUCGUACCAAAUAAUAUCCACACAAAAAGCGGUGACUCACCGUUUAAAUCCCAGGCUUCCAACGGCCCUAAUAUUACGGACAUUUCUUCACACUCAUCCGGUCCAGUAACCUGUGAAGUUAAGUCUCAACAUGUACCGCCACUUCAAAGUCCAACAACAUUUCAGUCUGAACAAGUUGAACAUAGUAGUGUGCAUAGAGUAAAAGAUAUAAUUGACAAUCGGACAAAUAUACUACUCUUCGCAGCUGUUUUUCCACCAUGUCACAAUUUUGGCGUUCCAAUGACAUGUAUGUGUCCUCCAUUCAACUGACUGUUCAGAUGAGAAAUUCAUUUAACCUUUUUAAAUUGUACACAAAAGUAUGUAUGUACACAUCAUUAUUUCUUUCCUAAUUUCUAUUCAGUUUUAUGUGAGUGAGUAUUCUCACAGGAAAAAAAUAUCUAAAUAGAGUCCGGUUUUCGCAUAUAUUGGUUAAUCCACUUUCUGUAUAUUUAAGAAAGUGAGAUCAUUUCUAUUCAUUUUUAUUCUUUCAUAUUUUCGUUGUUGAAACUCUUAUGUUUAUAGAGAACAUAUCUAAUUCACGCAGUACAAUUGAUAUAUUAUUAGUUGAUAAUUGUUGAAA